CUCAUUUCUUUCCCAGACGGCGUGUUCAAGGUCUUGAGGAGUGUCUCAGAAAACAUACGCGUUAUCACACUGGCUGACAAUGAGAUGAAGGCCAUUUCCAGCAAGUUUUUUUCAACCUUCACUCAGUUGAGAGAGCUGGACCUUCGAGGAAAUGUUCUCACCAAACUGCCUGACACUGUGGGAGAAAUGGGGCAUUUGACCUGCAUCAAUCUGGCUAAUAACAGCUUCUCCAUCUUCCCUGAUAAGCUCACUGAGAUAGCAACGCUGGAGAGGAUUAACCUGGAGGGAAACAGCAUCGCUGAAAUCCCGGUUGAGAAGUUGUCCGACAUGCCGGCACUUAAGUGGCUGAAUGUGAAGUCAAACCCUUUGGACUCGAACACUCAGUCUGCUCUGCAAUCUACCCAAAGUUUCCAAACAGAGUGCUAACGUGUCGUAUAUUUUAUUUACCCACAUAUGGACUGCAUGCUGUGUGCCUUUAACCACUUCAGGUGGAUGCUUUGGUGUGCCUGAGGGCUGAGGAAACAUAAUACUUGAAGAUAUUGAACUUAAUAUGUCGCAUCGGGUUUACAGGAAAACUGAGGUGUGUAAUUAAAGAUGGUAUCCUCAACUGAGUCGAUCAGUCCUGCUGGCGACCACACCCUGUGGCCUCUAGUUUUUUUCCUCUUUGUUUGAACUACAAAAAAAAAAGCCGAAGUUGCUGUUCGGAGAUGAAAUCAGUCAAUCUUUUUACAUCAUUUGAUAUGUUUUUGUCUCAGUUGAGACAAAAGUCAUAAAUAAUGACUUAUUUAUUACUUUUGAUAGUAUAUAAAAUAGGUUUUUCAAUUAAAAUAAG